UUGCCUUGGUGUUUGGCUGUAUCUAUACUGGUUGCAUGGCAGACUCACGCUACCCAGUUCCCCCUGAGGAGUACAGCUGUCCCCUCUGUGCAGACGUCCUGCGGGACCCCGUCACCAUCCCUUGUGGGGACACAUAUUGCCUGGAGUGCAUAAAGAUCUACUGGGACCAGGCUGACCACCUGGGUGUGUAUAGCUGCCCCCAGUGCAGGGCCACCUUCACCCCCCGGCCUGUCCUGAGGAGGAAUGUUCCAAAUGUGGCGCAAGAUUGCCACCAACUACCUGAACUCUCCCCCUUCCCUUACCUGCAGCGUGAUUCCCUUUGUGACUUCUGCAUCGGCCGCAAGAGCAAAGCUGUUAAGUCCUGCCUGAUGUGCCUGGCCUACUACUGUGAGACCCACAUCAAGCCACACUAUGAGUCUUCCACCUUCAAGAAGCACAAACUGGUUGAUGAGACGGGACACCUGGAGCGCAAGAUCUGCCCACAGCAUGAAAAGGGCCUGGAACUCUUCUGCCGCUCCGACCAGAUGUGUAUCUGCGUGCUGUGCACCGUGAGAGAACAUCGCAGUCAUAACAUUGUCUCUGCAGAUGAGGAGCGUGCUGAAAAACAGAAAGUACUGGUGGUGACACAAGCUGAAGUUCAGCAUAUCAUUCAGGACCGGAUGAAGGAGCUACAGGAGCUAAGACACAAUGUGGAAGUUCUUAAAAGCUGUUCACAGAGAACCAUGUCUGACUGCAAUAAGAUCUUCACUGAGAUGGCAGGGGCUGUGGAGCGCUGGCGCUCUGAGAUCAACAGCUUGAUUGAGGCCAAUGAGCAGGCAGCCAUGUCCCAGGCAGAGGGCUACGUGGAGCGGCUGGAGCAGGAGAUCAUGGAGCUGCAGCGCAGAGAUAUGGAGCUCCGACACAUCCUGGAAACUGAGGACAACAUCCACUUUCUGCAGAAUUUCCCUACCCUGUGUGUACCUCCUGAGCCGAUGGUGCCGAAGGUGCUCAUAAACUCAGAGUUUUCCUUCGGAGAGGUCUCCAAAACAGUCACUGACAUGAAGGAGCACCUAGAAGACAUCUGUAAAAAAGAGCAGAGCAAAAUCUCCAAAAAAAUCAGUGAAACUCCAGUUUAUAUUUUGCUACCCAGGAAUGGAGGCAGGAACUUUAAAGCUCCAUCUAGGAAAGAGCUUCAGGAGCCUCAAACCAGAGCAGACUUUCUAAAAUAUUCAUGUCGGCUUACCCUGGAUCCCAACACAGCAUACAGAGAGUUGGUCCUGUCUGAUGGUAACUGUAAAGUGACCAGGAAAAGGGCGGUUCAGUUCUACCCAGACCACCCAGAGCGAUUUGACAGCUUUUCACAGGUGCUAUGCCGGGAACCCCUGGGUGGGUUCCGGUAUUACUGGGAGGUACAGUGGAGCGGGGAGUUUUCUAUCGGAGUGGCUUACAAAAGCAUCAACCGUAAGGGGAAGAACUCCAGCAGCCUGCUGGGCUACAAUGACAAGUCUUGGAGCCUGCUCUGCUCUGACACUGGAUACUCUGCCUGGCACAACAAGAUGGACAAAGACCUGCCAUCCUCCUUGCAGGCCUCCAGGAUUGGAGUGUACCUGGACUAUGCUGGGGGAUUGAUAGCCUUCUACGCUGUGUCCGAUUCCAUGCAGGUCAUCCACCGCUUCCAGGCUCACUUUUCUGAGCCACUGUUUGCUGGGUUUGGGGUUGGCUCAUCUGUGUCCAUUUGCCAUUUGAAGGCUAAUCCCACCCUGUAUUAGAAACACCAUGAAACAUAGAACAAACAGAAAAUAAAAUAUCCAUAUAGAAUAUAGAAAAAGGCAAUAUUAAAACACAAAGAAUAAAACAAAUAACUAAGCACAAUACAAGUAAAACAUAAAACACAAUUUAAAAAAAACAUAAAACAGUAGAGUUAAGACCCAACAAUCAAAAAGGAAAAAGCACAAGCAAAUAGCAAACAGUCAUUACAGAAGGCAGUUUUUUAAAAAAUAAAAAGGUUUUUAAGCUAGUUUUAGAAAGCAGAGAGUGUAGCAGUAAUCCUAAUAUUGUAUGGAAGGCUGUCCCAGAGCCUAGGGGCCAUUACAGCAAGGGCUCAGUCACCUCUUCAUUUUAAUCUAUACUCUGGAACAGCCAGAAUGGCAAGGCUGGCAGAUCUCAGAGGCUUCUUGGAACAAUAAGGAGUUAAAAGUUCACAAAUAUAAUUGGGUGUCAAACCAUGUAAGUCCUUGUAAGUAAUUCAUAAAACGUUUUAAUAGAUUCUAAAAGCAACAGGCAACCAAUGCAGAGAAGCCAGAAUUGGGGUGGUAUGGGAAAAACGCUUACUCCUGAUCAAUAGUCUUGCGGCAGAAUUCUGUAGUUUGCAGCUGAGCUACAGCGCGACAGUUGAACAAAGCAUUACAAUAGUCAAGACAAGGUGAAAUAAAGCAAGUAUGAUACUUUCAGUGGUGGUAAAAGACAAAAAUGCUCUAAUUUUAGAAAUCUUCUUAAGUUGUUAAAAAACAUUCCUGAACCAGUUUUAGUAUGUUGUUCAAAAUUUAGAUUACAAUCAAAGAUUAUACUCAGAUUCUUAGAUGUAGACUUGAUGUUUGAAGCCAGGGGACAAAGCAAAAGGACAGCAAGUCUUCUGGGAAUUACCUUACCUUCUGGGUCUUACCUGUGAUUAUCCUCGUAUAACUGAAAAAGUGCUAUCAAAAAGGAACAGGUCUGCCAGGUAACAAAGUAUAGUGAAAAUAACGGGUGAAGACAACAAACAAAACGGGCAGCUCCGACGUGGCGGACAACCAUUGGAGCCGCCUUUCCCCCACGAGUCACAGAUCCUUAUAUAGGGUAAUCCCAUUUUGGUCCUUUUAGCGUGCUGGCAAAAGCAGUGCAAGCCAAGUAGUUGCUAAAGCACGUGAACUGUAGGAGGGCCUGUAUGGUUGACGAUGGCAGUGUGGCAAUGCAUUGGGUUAUUACUAACAUUUGAUCGGAAUCCACAAUUACUGUGACAACAGAUAUUAUGAAUUGUCUGAGAUUUCAAUAGCUACUUGCCAUACUAUCAAGAUGCAAGGAAGCUACUCGCCUAACUAUCAAGGUAGUUAGAAAAAGCUUCUUGCCUAGCUAUAAGGAAACAGACUGAUGCCAUUUUCGCACUUACACAGUUCUGGUUAUUACAAGCUAGUUUCAAAAACCGUGGACUGCAAAACCUGCAUCCAUCUAUUUCCUGUUCAGGUGUCAUUUUCAGCUAGCUAGCUGGUUACAGAGCCUUGUUAGCUACCUUUGUAUGUAAUGAAGCUACAGCAAGGCUAAUAAGCACAGUUCUGUGCUACUAUAUGAAUUGAACCAAUUUUAAUGUGGCUUUAUCAUUUGGCAAGUUCACAGCUAGCUAGUUUGCUGUGAAGGUAUCUAUCAAAGCUCUGUAGCUGGCUUUAUCAUCAAGCAGCUAGCUGCUAACUUGCCAGACAAUAAAGCUGGUUAUGGAGCCUUGUUAGCUACCUUGAUAGCUAAGAAGGCUACAUUCCAGGCUACCAAGUUAACUAAUGUACCAGGAUCCAAAUGUACCAAAGUCCACAAUCAUGUGAUCGUGUUUUAACCAAUAAGGGGUUGAUAUGUCCAAAUGACACCAUAACUGGAAACAGAGUGAUGCUGAUUGCAAUAGAGACAUAGUGCAAUUAAGUCCACACCGGAGGGGAAAACAAUUAAUCGCUCUCCAUUGACUUUGUAUUGCGUGAGGUGCCUCCUUGCCACUUCGGUUUGCUAACAAACAACAGAAAAAUGCCUAAAAGCUGUUGUGUGGUGGGAUGCACUACCAACAGGGUAAAGAACCCAGAACUCAGUUUUUAUAAGCUGCCGAACCAAAAAACUGCUGUUCUCAUUCGCUUUAGCUUACAGAUGGCAGAAAUGUGGGUGUGAAUUUGCGAGGCUAUCAACAUUUCUGUAGUCACAACUAGCUUGUUAUCGUUAGAAAGUUUAGAAUGAAUAGCCAGUUCGUAAAACAAGAAAGCGAGGUAGCUUUAAUGGUAAGUUACUAUCUGUCCUAACAUUGGAGUCUAGUGGGGUGUCAGCUAGCAAGCUAGCUACAGGCUACAGUAGCCUAUGUUACUGUCAUUCGAAUUAAGUUGGAGGGACACUGAGAUCUGAGACCGACAAUAUUGAGUUUGUCAAUAUACCUUUUCCUCUCUGGUAGACAUAGGGUGCUAAAAUAAUCCUUUGACAUGCUUAAAUCUAAUGUUUUUAGCUAGCUACAGGCAUUUUGUUAGCGUUUCAGCCCUUGGUUGCAUGUUGUGGCGCCGACUGUUUUCCCCUCAGGUUUUCAGAGUAUCUUUAUUUCACCAUCCUGGUAAUUACAACAGCUAAUAGAAACCUAUAGGGAGCACAUAAACAGGAAGUAUCAUUUUUUCGCUCAGCAGACAUGCCUAGUUGUGUCCUUAGUCACAUGCCUAAUCACACGUACAACAAGGAUGGCGCAGAGUAUAACUCCAUGAAGCUUCAUCGUUGCUUUGGAUAAAAGCAUCUGCUAAAUAAAUGAAACAAUUAGACUUUCUGUAUAUAACUUCGGGUGAAAAUUUCCGGUGAGUUGUCGCCCAUAUUCUACCAAUAUAAAAGCUGCAAACUAGCAUUAAUAGCGUUCAGCAGUCCCAAAGAAUCACCUCACAGUAACCACUUUUUCUGCGAUUUCAUUUAGACUUACCUUUAUUUAAAUAAAUUUCAGAUAAAAUUUGUACACAAUCGCAAUCUACUAGCUUUCUAUUUGGCUGGCUUAAAUUGAGCCUGGAAUUUAACUUUGUCCUUAUAUUUUAAAAAAUUCUGAUGAUAUAGGAUCACUACAAUAACUUUUAAUACAUAUGCUAUGCAUCAUGUAUGGCUGCAUGGAAACAGCCACAUUCGAACAUUGUGUUACCAUAUACACUACAUGGCCAAAAGUAUUUGGACACCUGACAUCCAGCAGCUCAUUCAAAAUUAUGGGCAUUAAUAUA